AUGCAGAAAUUGAAAAAAGCAGCAGGAAUCAAAAACGAAGACGGGAAUUUCACUUUGGGUGAUCUAAGAUGUGAUAAGGACACUAAAAAGCAGUAUACCAAGAAUAUAAAGCCAUUUGAGAGAAUGGGGAAACAUAAGAUUUUAUUGGCUGUUUUAUAUGUAUUGAUUCUUGGUUUCCAUGUGGUUCAUUGCGCAAAUAUACUCAUCUAUGGUAUGCAUGCUGCCGGAAGCCAUACGCAAAAUAUAGCUUAUGUAGGCGAAGCUCUAAUCAGGCAUGGUCACUCUGUUGAUGUACUAACAGUCUCUUCAGAUAAAUUCAUUCACCUGUAUACUGAAUUGGGUGUUCCAACUUUGGAACCAGUGAUUAUAAAUUACGAAAAUGAAGACAUUCUCCCUCAUUUUUUUGACAAUAAACUGACCUAUGGUGAAGCUUUUGAGAAGAUGGUUGGGACAAAUGCAGCGCAAUGUGAUGCAGUACUCCAACACAAGAAGCAUCUUCGUGACACAUUAAAACCUUACGACAUUGCAGUCACAGAUGCUGUUUGUCACUGUUGCGCGAUGUUACUGAAAUAUAUCGGUAUUCCGUAUGUACUGUUACAUACAAUGAAAGACGUGGGAUACGCAACUGAUGUUACUGCUCCUCUGUCGUACUAUCCUAUUGAAGAAACUACCAUGAUGCUAACAAACAAAAUGACUUUUACGGACAGACUUCAAAACACAUUAGCUUCAUUGCUACUACCAUCAUACAAAGAUAUUAAUAUGGCUUUUUUGAGACUGUACCACAAACACAAUAUUACUCCAGGGAUAUAUUCCUUUCAGCAGGCAUCUCUGCAUCUUCUAGUUAAAGACUUCACUAUCGACUACGUUCACCCCUUAAUCCCUAAUGUGGUCCCAAUUGGACUGCUGACUACCAGACCAGCAAACGGACUGCCUUCAGAAUUGGAAGAAUUCAUGCACAGCUCGGGCAAUGAGGGCGUCAUAGUUGUAUCACUUGGCACAUUGGACCAACUCCUCCAGGUUUUCAGUGACAACAUUAAGAUUGUUAAAUGGGUUAACCAAAAUGAUAUUCUAGGUCAUCCAAAAACCCGUUUAUUUUUAACUCAUGGCGGAACUAGCAGUUAUCGUGAAGCUAUAUAUCAUGGAGUUCCAAUGGUAUGCAUUCCACUAAUGUUUGAUCAAUACGAUACCGCUGCUAAAAUUAUAUCUAAAGGAGUUGGUUCAUAUGUCAAAAUGAAGUCACUGAAUAAUGAGAACUUGUACGAAGCCAUGGUGGAAGUGUUAUCGAAUAAGAAAUACAGCGAGAAAGCCAAGCAAUUAUCGGCCAUCGUGAAAGAUGUCCCAAUGAAUGCAACAGAUACCGCAGUUUUCUGGAUUGAACAUGUAUUACAACAUGGUGUUACUCACUUGACAUUUCACGAAAAACAACUUUCUGUUAUCGAGUAUUACUUGCUUGAUGUACUGACCGUGAUAGCUGGGACCAUUUGUAUUAUAUUCUGGUCAUUACGCUGGUUUGUGGUCGUGUUAAAAAGAAGUGUGACAAAUACUACGAAAUACAAAUAA